GGCGCGACGUCUCCCGACCCCUGCAGUCUGGGCGCGAAUUCCGUGGCGCGAAUUUGAGACUUCAGUCGAGCGCCGAGCGGUUCCGGGUGUGACGCCCAGGAGAGCGGCGCACGGGGCCGACAAGAGGAACAGCUGACAGAAGAGGCGAGGAGGAAGGGAGAAUCCAGACGCCGUCAUGCAGCGAAGCAUCAUGUCUUUUUUCCAACCCAAGAAAGAGGGCAAAGCGAAGAAACCAGAGAGGGAGACAUCCAACAGCAUCAGAGACGCAGAGUCCCCUCCCAAGGUGGCACUGAAAGAGCGGAAUGGAGUGGUGCCCGAGGGUGACUCUCCUGUGAAGCGGCCAGGGAGGAAGGCGGCCCGGGUCCUGGGCAGUGAAGGGGAGGAGGAGGAUGAAGCCCUCACGUCCCCCAAAGGCCAGAAGCCUGCCUCAGGCUCUCCGCAAGCCUCCCCUCCCAGUCCAGUUGCAUUUCAGAAGAACAGCCCUUCCCACUCGGACACUUCCCUGGUGGGCAUCUCCCCAGCAGGGAUCCUGAAGCGCCGCACAGCUCGGAAGCAGCUUCCUAAACGGACAAUUCAGGAUGUGCUGGAAGAGCAGAGCGAGGACAAGGGCAGAGAAGCCAAGAGGAAGAAGGCGGAGGACGCAGAGACUCCAACAGAGAACCUCACAGAGCCUGAAGUGGCCAGAAAGCAGGAAGCAGAGGAGGAGGACCGGCGCACAGCACCCCCUGCACACCCGAAGACCGCCAAGCCUGAGGCGGCUGUGAAGCAGGACGCAGGGGAGGACCAGGCGAAGGCAAAGGCCCGGCCCAGAGCUCCCAAGACACUCAGCAGCUUCUUCACCCCCCGGAAGCCGACAGUCAAGCAGGAGGUGAAAGAAGAGGGAUCUGGUGCUCCGGGAAGGGAAGCGAGCAAAGGACCCCUUGACCCACCCAGCUACAAUCCUGCCAAGAACAACUACCAUCCCGUCGAAGAUGCCUGCUGGGAGCCAGGCCAGAAGGUCCCUUAUAUGGCCGUGGCCCGGACGUUUGAGAAGAUAGAGGAGGUUUCUGCUCGGCUCCGUAUGGUGGAGACGCUGAGCAACUUGCUGCGCUCCGUGGUGGCCCUGUCACCUCCAGACCUCCUCCCCAUCCUCUACCUCAGCCUCAACCGCCUUGGGCCGCCCCAGCAGGGCCUGGAGCUUGGAGUCGGUGACGGUGUCCUUCUCAAGGCAGUGGCCCAGGCCACGGGUCGGCAGCUGGAGGCCGUCAGGGCCGAGGCCGCUGAGAAGGGCGACCUGGGGCUGGUGGCCGAGAACAGCCGCAGCACUCAGAGACUCAUGCUGCCGCCACCCGUGCUCUCUGCCUCCGGGGUCUUCUCCAAGUUCCGGGACAUCGGCAGGCUCACCGGCAGCGCUUCCACCGCCAAGAAGAUGGACAUCAUCAAAGGACUCUUCGUUGCCUGCCGCCACUCGGAAGCCCGAUUCAUUGCCAGGUCCCUGAGUGGUCGGCUGCGCCUCGGGCUGGCAGAGCAGUCAGUGCUGGCCGCCCUCGCCCAGGCCGUGAGCCUCACGCCCCCAGGCCAAGAAUUCCCCCCAGCAGUGGUGGAUGCUGGGAAGGGCAAGACAGCAGAGGCCAGAAAGACCUGGCUGGAGGAGCAAGGCAUGAUCCUGAAGCAGACAUUCUGCGAGGUGCCCGACCUGGACCGGAUCGUCCCUGUGCUGCUGGAGCACGGCCUGGACCGGCUCCCGGAGCACUGCAGGCUGAGCCCAGGGGUCCCCCUGAAACCCAUGUUGGCCCACCCCACCCGGGGUGUCAGUGAGGUCCUGAAACGCUUCGAGGAGGCAGCUUUCACCUGCGAGUACAAAUACGAUGGGCAGAGGGCACAGAUCCAUGUUCUGGAAGGCGGGGAGGUGAAGAUCUUCAGCAGAAAUCAGGAAGACAAUACUGGAAAGUACCCUGACAUCAUCAGCCGCAUCCCCAAGAUUAAACUCCCUUCGGUCACAUCCUUCAUCCUGGACUCUGAAGCUGUGGCUUGGGACCAGGAAAAGAAGCAGAUCCAGCCAUUCCAAGUGCUCACCACCCGCAAACGCAAGGAGGUGGAUGCAGCAGAGAUCCAGGUGCAGGUAUGCCUGUACGCCUUCGACCUCAUCUACCUCAAUGGAGAGUCCCUGGUACGUGAGCCCCUGUCCCGGCGCAGGCAGCUGCUCCGGGAGAACUUCGUGGAGACAGAGGGCGAGUUUGUCUUUGCCACCUCCCUGGACACCAAGGACAUGGACCAGAUCGCAGAGUUCUUGGAGCAGUCGGUGAAAGACUCCUGCGAGGGGCUGAUGGUGAAAACCCUGGAUGUCGAUGCCACAUAUGAGAUCGCCAAGAGAUCGCACAACUGGCUCAAGCUGAAGAAGGACUAUCUCGACGGUGUGGGUGACACCCUGGACCUCGUGGUCAUCGGCGCCUACCUGGGCCGGGGGAAGCGGGCCGGCCGCUACGGGGGCUUCCUGCUGGCCUCCUACGAUGAGGAGAGUGAGGAGCUGCAGGCCAUAUGCAAGCUUGGGACUGGCUUCAGCGACGAGCAGCUGGAGGAGCAUCACCAGAGCCUCCAGGCCCUGGUGCUGCCCACCCCACGCCCCUAUGUCCGGGCCGAAGGUGUGGUGGCCCCUGACCACUGGCUGGACCCCAGUGCCGUGUGGGAGGUGAAGUGUGCCGACCUCUCCCUCUCCCCAAUCUACCCCGCUGCCCGGGGCCUGGUCGACGAUGAGAAGGGCAUCUCCCUUCGCUUCCCGCGGUUUGUGCGCGUCCGGGAAGACAAGAGGCUGGAGGAGGCCACCACCAGUGCCCAGGUGGCUUGUCUGUACAGGAGGCAAAGUCAGAUUCAGAACCAGCAGGACUCAGACUUAGACUCUGACCUGGAAGAUUUCUACUAGGCCCCUGCCCUCCCAGGGGCGGGGCGCAGGCGGGUGCCAAGGUGGAGGGGACCUGGGGACAUCACUUCCGCUGUUCAGAACGUCUGGUGUUGCAAUCUAUGUGGGUUUUGAGAGUCGGGUGUGUGUGGCAGGGGGCACGGUUCAGGCUGGGCUUUGGGAUUUAUUUGGUCUUUUUCUUCAAUAAAUAAUUAUUGAACACCUA